AUGAGUGAUAACAGAGGUUCAUCUUCAUAUAGUGCAGAUUUUGAGAAUCUGUUUGGGAGUGGUAAGAACGGCGAAGAAGAGGAGGAAGGGUCGCAGAUGAACUGGGUACAACCGACGGCUCUGCUGGCGGAAGCCGGUGCUUUGCGUGAAGAUGUACAUGCACGGGAAGAUGUUACGCCCAGUAUCUUGCUGGAACAGCUGGCUUAUGUGGAUAACUUUAUGCCGUCUUUAGAACAGGAGUACGCGAAUUUGGAUUCGUGGAUCUUGUCCGAUGGUCAAGAAGCCGGAGGUCAGAAUGAGGCCAACGGACGUAGUAUGGGAUUUGAUGAGAGGUUGGCUGCGGAGUUGAGCGCGUUUGCUGAUGAUUCGUUCAUCUUUCCGGAUGAAGACAAAAGACAACAGUCUAGUAGUAAAGACGGUGAUAAUGAAAGUGGUGAAAGUGGUAAUGAUAAUGGGAACCAACAGAGCAAUUCGCAUUUCUUGACUCAGCGAAGAAAUACGUUUUUGACUUCGCAGUAUGAUCACAGUAAAUCUCGUUUCUCGUCUAGGAAGAAAAGACCAAUAGAGCAGCAGCGGCAGUCAAGAUCUACUGGUAGUGAUUCUCGUGGGUCGCUUCCCGCACAGGACCACGGUGGAUUUGUUAAUGUUGAUAUUGCUCCUAGUAAUGGACAUUCAAUGUAUGCGCCAACCGUGCGUUCACCUUUGAACAGUCUCGUAGCAUCGCAGCCGUACUCCCUUUCGAAUACACCAGAAACUACUGUUUCUCGAAGUUCGUGGAGCAAUGAUCAAAUGCCGUCUGCGGAUGAAGGCGCUCCACGAAUACAGUUGCCGGAUUACUCCAAGAUACCGACAUCCACGCUAGUGGCGUUAUUGCCGCGAGUUACAGUUCCUCCAGGAGCAUACCAGUCGUUGAUUAAUCAGGGUCUUGAUGCGGACCAGAUCGAUGCAAUUGCAGUGAUCAUUGCGCAUUAUGAACAAGAAAAGCAGAAACGUAGGGAAAACGGACAAUCGAGUAGACCGAACAGUUCAGAAGCGGACCCAGCUGCUAAUAACGGUGCAUCUUUCCUGAUAGAUAUUCUCUUUAAUGGCUCUCAGCCGCGCAGGCAGGGACAGUCACCAACGUAUCAGUCUCCAGUGGAGACCUCUCCAGUGGAGAAACAAGAAUCCCAACCAGUAAUCAAUGAUGCUAUAAUAACCGAGACAAUAUCGCGAAAGAGAUCUACUGAUAGUAUUAGAAGAGAUGCGGAAUUGCCCUUACACACUGAGGCUCGAGAGUUGAAGAGACAAAAGUCAACUAGUGCGAUCCCACCCACAUCGAAAGUACACUCGAAGAGGAAGGUCAAGGAAUCGGAGUUAGAAAGCUCGGUGCAUGAAUUGAGUGAAUUGGCUGUUUCUUUACAACAAAAGAUUCACACUUUGGAGAUGGAAAAUGAACUUUUGAAAAAUCUUGUCAUAUCUAGUGGUGAAUCUGAAGGAGUUGAGAGAGCUGAAAAGAUAAAGAAAGAGAUCCUCAAAAAAUAA